AGCAACCGUCACCUCAAAGCCCAAACAUCAGCGUGAGCGUUUGGACGUUCACAUGCGUAUUAUUUCCAUUAUGUCGAGAGUACAUUAAGUCGUGGAAGGCUUGAGACUUGACUCAGUUAAUAAAAUGGCAAAGUUUGUGCUAGCAGGUAAAACAGACUGCCCUUACUAUGCCAAAGCGGAGCUUUUGGCGGACAGAUUACAGAAUUCUUUGCCGAACUUCAACAUUCACAAGAUCUCAAUCCUGCCGGACGAAUGGAAGGACUGGCUGGAGGACACAUGCACCAGGAAUGGCUGGAACCACGAAGAGUCUCCCCUGGUUUGGAGAGAGCUGGUGCACCAAGGUGGCAAAGGGGUGUAUUUAGGGGGCUUCGGUGACUUUUUAGAGCACUGUCAGAACUACUACAGCAUCACAUCAGACAUGUCCGAAGAAAUGAUGCGGAGCAUUGCGGCAGAAAACCUCGUCACCAAGCUCAACCUGAUUACGGAGGAGCAGCAUCGUGCCGGUCUCAUCCAUCCCCUUCACGUAUGGAUCAGCAGUGCCCUGAACCCCACAUGCAACAUGCUGAUCCCCAGUUUGCUCUCUGCGGAGGUGUUGCCCCAAGCUUCUACCAUCAGUCUCCAUCUCCUGGACCUGGAAGGCAGCGAGGAGGAACUGCAGUCGGUGAAGAUGGAGACGGAAGAUCUGGCUCUCCAUCUACUCCAUAAGGUGACUGUUCACACAGAUCUCAAAGAGGCAUUCCACGAAGCAGACUUCAUCCUCCUGCUGGAUGACGGCUGGUCUAACGGGAUGCGCGCCAAGGAUGAGGAGGAACGCCGGACGGUAAAAGCGACAGCGGACUUGUACACCGAAUACGGGCGGCUGAUUGAGGCGAGGGCCAACGUGGGGGCGAAGGUGAUCGUGUCCGGUGGCUCGCUUGUGAACCUCAGGUGCUCAUUUCUCCUGAAAGCAUGCGCCACUGACAAGCGCCACUUUGUUGCCGUGGCAACCCAGCUGGAGAAUGAAGCCAGAGCUGCCAUUGCGAACAAGCUCAGAGUAAGGACUUCAGAAGUGACAGACGUCAUUGUGUGGGGAGAUGUUGGAGAGAGCGUCUACGUUGACCUGCAGAGGGCAAAAGUCUUUAACUAUGAUGGCGCAAUCAAAGGACCACCUUUCUUUUUCCAGCCCGUCCUUGAGAUCAUCUACGACAAGGAAUGGCUGGAGACCAACCUCCUGGACAUAGUGCGCUGUCAGCAGGCAGCUGUUGUUUCAAAGACUGGUCGCGGACCUGACAUGUCAACCGCCAACGGGAUCCUCACGCUCCUACAGGCUUGGAACGGGGCCUCCGCUCCUACUCAGGUGUUUUCUGUGGGGGUCCUGUGCACAGGCUGCUACAACCUCCCAGAUGAUGUGGUCCUUUCAGUUCCGGUGACCUUCACAGAUGGCCAGUGGUCCGUGGUGCCUGACGUGACAGUUGGAGAGGAUUUGAAGCAGAAACUUCAUCGUUACGCAAGCGAACUCAGGCAAGUAUUGGCCAAGACAGCAAUCAAUAACACAAGAAGCACCUUCUUCCCAUCUUAAUCUACAAAGGAUGUUCCUUGCAGAAAGAAGAUCUCAAACCAGGAGAACACCAGAAGUCAAGAAAAAGCCUGAGUUUUUUAUUAUCAUUUUUAAUCAGAUCACUGUUUUCUUUUUUACUGUAUUUUAUUAAAAGACAGAUAAAUGACAGGGUUAUAUAUGUGUGUAUGUAUAAACAGGUAAAAGAUAAAUCUAACUAAAAGAUACCACAUGUCUGAGAAUCGAUUUACCUAUAGCCUCUUUAACAGUAGCAGAACAUUUGAAUCACACUUAUUAUGAGCAAUGCGGUGUUGCGUUCAAAGACACCAUGUCAUUGCAGAUGACUCCACCUUUUGAGUGUAUUUUCCGGAAUUUCGGAGCACAUAUAAAUGCUGACGAGAAUAUUGACAUGUUGUUCUUCCUAAUUCGCUGUUUAUUUGAACCACACAUAGACGCAUAAUAAAUAUGUUGUUGUGAGGUUCUGAGGGCUGAGUGUCCCUGAAUACACCUCGAGAAUAAGGAAGCGUUGUUCCCUGGACAAACGGACUAGAGACGUGUUUAGGUUAGAGAUACAUAUCGGGUAUUGGAACUGCACCGCUGUUCUGUUCAUAAUGUACCACGGAGCAUUAGGGCCACAUUGAUAAAAAAAAAAAGUCGUAAAGAAUUAAAGUCCUAGGACGAUCAGACUACAGACAUGUUUAAAAGAGCUGGAGAUACAGAUGUGGUGUUGGAACUGAACUGCCGUUGUGUUUUUUUUUUUUUUAUAAUAUACGACGGAGUAUUAGGGGUAGUAAUGGUGAGAUGAAGCCUCGUGAGGCAUCGAACCACGUGAGCCAACUGGUUCGAGAAAGGGUUCAUUUCUCGAAGCUUCAUGUGCACACGAAACCACCUACUGGCCAGGUGUAUAAUCACAGGCAGCUGUAUCUGAACCACAUCGUGUAGGAUUCAUUGAAUUGUUGUUUGGACGAAUAACAAAAACUGUAUGACCAAAUCAUGUCUCUACAUAAACGACCACGUGUGUGUAGAAUAAAAUAUUUUUUGAAUGUAUUGUGUUUGUGUACAUUUUCCUCAAAUGGUACUAUCAUAUGACAUGGCGGGUUGUGUAAUCAUGUUUCUCUGGCACUUUAGGAAGAUGGCAUGGGCUUUUGCAGGCAGAUGACAGUGCAAGUGCUCGUGGAACUAUGAAGGCACUGAAUAUGCUUGUGUAACUAGGACAAUGAUGUACGGGACAGGGUACAUUUGAUUCAUUUUUGUUCAGAAAUAACCCUGAACAGUUUUAGGUUUUAAAUGAUUUUCUUUUUCUUCUCCAGUCUUUGAAAACACCCUUUCACAGGGGACAGAAGACGUGGGCGUGCACAGAAAUGUAAUUGCCAGUUUAUAUCAAUUUGGAUUGGACACAAAUUUCGAUUUAAGACGCCUGCAUGUGCAGCUAUUAACUGCACAAAUCGCCAGUUCAAAGGCUGUGGACGAACAUUUCACCUGUACGUAUGAUUGAAAUGUAAAUUUAUGAUGGAUCAUUUAGGGGUUUUGCACUGUCCAUCUCUCAGAUAUUUUCGAUCGUGUAAAAUUCCUCUGAUUAAAUGUAUGUCCAGAAUUGAUACGUUUAUAUAGCUCUAUAAUAGCUAAGAGGAAAUGUACGUACUUUUUUGUUCUAUCAUGAUAUAUGUAUUUCUUUAAGGGACGAAGGUUGCGUUACUUGAAGGAAUGGGAGAAUCUCAGUGCUUCCAUGAUGCUUACCAGGCAUUGUAUACAGUGCAGUUAGCAAGCCACUUUGCAUACAGUUGACCCGGCAUGACCCUUCAUUUGGAUAUACAACUUUUUUUUUUUGCUGCUGAAUG